AUGUCUAUUGAAGAAUUUCUGGAGGAAUCUGAGGAAGCCAUUGAGGAUUUAAAGAGAUAUUUCCGUAAUAACCCAAAAGGGCGAUUGGGUACCGAGGAACAUAUUAGAUUUAUUACAGAUAAAUUUAUUACCUUAGUGAAGAGCGCCGAAGAGGUAAUUAGGAAAAAUUCCAUAUCAGAUUUCCUGCUUCAGAAAUUUGAUUUGUUGGCAACGAAAGAGGAUGUCAAACAGCUGCUUGUUGCUCAGAGUGACAAAAAUUUAGAGGCUAUUCAGGAAGUGAAACAGACUAUUUGUGACUUAGAAAAACCUCCACUUUUAGGGGUGGAAGGUUCUCAAGGGACUACUGCUCUGUCAUAUAGAGAUAUUUUACAACGCGAUCUUAAUUCUUUGAAGAAUACACAGUCUGAAAAGGAGUCCUCGUUACCAACAUACACUGUUCUAGUUUACAAUGAUAAUAAAGAGAGCACAUCGGAAGAGACUAAGACACUGCUCACUAAUUCUUUUGAUCAAAGACUGCAUAAGGUGCCUGUCAAGCGUAUUCGUAAGAUUAACAAGGGUGGAAUUGCUGUUGAUUUUCCUAUCAGAGAGGAGGCUGAAUACUUUCAGGAACAAUUAGACAAAAUAGAAGGAUUAAAGGCACGAAACGCAAGACGGCGUCUUCCUCUUAUGAAAGUGACUUCAGUCCCGAACUCAGUUACCAAAGAGGACCUACUAGAAUACCUGCUUGAACAGAAUAUUUUUUCACAGAAGUACACGAUGGAGGAGUUUAAAAAGGUUUUAAACAUUCGAUUUUCAAUCAAACAGAGAAAUGACGAGUUUUUAUCGUGGGUAUUAGAGAUGUCACCGGAGGUUAGGGCAAUGACUAAAAAACAAGGAUAUUUUUAUGUUCAGUGGAAAACGUGCAAGGUUUAUGAUUUUUUCCCUGUACGACAGUGCUACAAAUGUCUUGCUUUUGGACAUUUGGCGGCAAGUUGCCCAUCACCGAAGAAAGUUUGUAGCCAUUGUGGUGAUGAUCAUUUGUUUAAGACAUGUACAAAGAAAAGUGAAAAGCCUAAAUGUGCUAAUUGUUUGAGGAGUGGCCUAGAUAAACAUGAACAUAACACACUGGAUAAGGAGUGUCCACUCUACAUUAAAGCAAAAGCCUUAUAUAUUAAGACAGCUGACUACUUACCUUAA